AUGCGGAAAAAAGCAGUGAAGAAGCGGGAGGCGUUGCAGAACGUCAAGCAGCGACUGAGCACGGCAGCGGCACGACAGCCCUCUUGCAGCCCUCUGCCGGCGCCGAGACCAUCGCCGGGACCCAGCCGCCCGAGAGCAAAGGGCAAACGCAAGGGGCAGCGGCGGCGCAGAGCAGUGGCCACCCCGACAUCGGCUCUGCGGUCACCAGCGGUCCUGCCGCUUCUGCUGGAAGUCGGGCGGGGGGAACUCCACCAGUUCCCUCCGCAGGUGGCGGUGGGGCAGCCGGCGGUCAGACCGGAGAGCCGAAUGAGACGAAUGCCGAAGACGCCGCAGGGUCCGAUGCCGCUCGCGCACCUGCAAAGAGCGAGGCCAAAGCACCUGCAGCGCGGCCCCUCGCUACCAGCACAGAUGACACCGCGACGACGACUGGCGGUGACAGCAGCACCGCGGCCUCGCACUCCGCUUCCCUCUUUGCGGUGCUUCUUCUGCUUGCGUAUGCGGCUGCCGCUGCGGUGGUGGCCGCGUGAGUGGCAGUGUGAGAGGUCUGUACACACAUCUCUUCCUUCUUCCUCUAUUUGCGUGUCCCCCUGCACGGACUCUCUCGCCCUCGCAUCACCUCACGAGGCACACACACACACACAGUGUGUGCUCGUAUAUAUACACAUCUCCACUCAUGCAGCUCCGUCGGUUUUCUUUUGUACCCGACGAGCCGCUGCCGUCCUGCUUGGCUGCAUGGGCACAGCACCGUAA